AUGGCUCUUACUGGAAACAAUCCACAGUUUAUUUGUGAGCUUCUCCAAUCUCUUAAUAAAGAGUUCCGCAUGAAGGAUCUUGGACCCCUCAGUUACUUCCUUGGACUGCAGGCUCACUAUCAUCCUGCAGGUUUGUUUCUAAAUCAGCAUAUGUAUGCAGAGGAUUUACUUUUAGCAGCAGGAAUGGCUGAUUGUGCUCCGACUUCAACACCACUGCCUUUGGAGCUUCAAAAAGUCAAAGGACAGGAAGAUCUCUUUGAUCAGCCUACUCACUUUCGCAGUUUGGCUGGUAAGUUGCAAUAUCUCACUCUUACUAGACCAAACAUACAAUUAACGGUCCAUCUUGUAUGUCAACGCAUGCAUGCGCCUACUGUUGCGGAUUUCAAUCUGCUAAAACGCAUAAUCCGUUACAUCAAAGGUACUAUUGACUAUGGUGUUUCCUUCUCAAAGAAUGCUGAUUUCACCUUAAGAGCAUACAACGACAGCGACUAUGCAGGCUGUCCAACAACCAGUCGCUCUAUAGGUGGUUACUGCACCUUUCUAGGGAACAAUCUCAUCUCCUGGUCUGCAAAACGUCAGACGUCCGUGUCUCGCAGCUCCACUGAAGCAGAGUACCGAUGUUUAUCAGAUACUGCAGCUGAGGUCAAUUGGUUAAGGGAUCUUCUCGCAAACAUUGGCAUGCCACUCACACAUGCUCCAGAGUUGUACUGUGACAACUUCUCUGCUGUCUAUCUUUCUGCGAACCCGACACUUCACAAGAAAACCAAACAAAGGGAACUAUGGUUGUCUAUCACAUUCCAGCAAAGUACCAACUUGCUGACAUUUUCACUAAAUCCUUGCCACUUCAAGUUUUCAAUGAACUCAGAUACAAAUUUGGUGUGGUCUCUCCAUCCACACAAAGUUUGUGGGGGGAUGUAA